UCGAAGGUGAAGGUGAAGGUCAAGGCCGCAUUCUCCAGCGGUUUCCUGAGAAAGACUGGGAGGACAGCCCUUUCCCACAAGGCGUAGAGCUGUUCUGUCAGCCCAGUGGUUGGCAGCUGGUUUCUGAGCGGCAGCCCGCCUCCUUCUUUGUAGCAGUUUUGACAGACAUCAACUCAGAGCGUCACUACUGUGCCUGCUUCACGUUCUGGGAAGGUCUGGACAACCAACAGUUGCAGAAAGCGCAGGCUGGUGAAGUGGACGAGGUGGACGAAGAGCCAAAUAUUAUCCAACCCUCUCAGGUUUUUGCCCCCAAGAGCCUGGUGUUGGUGUCUCGGUUGGACUACACUGAUGUUUUCAGGAACUGUCUGGCGUUGGUCUACACCGUCCAUGUAGAUGGCCUGACUGUCCCUUUAGAGACGGUGAUUGGAAAUCUCCUCACAUGUGUUAUUCCCAUCGCUGGAGGGUCCCAGAUAAUUGAGUCCCCAGUUUGUAAUUUAGACAAGGUUCCUCAGGUCCCGGCCUGUGACUGGCUGCUGGCCUGUCUCCAG